CUGUCCGGCCCCCCAGGUGCGCGCAGCCCCGCCCCCCGCCAGAGGACCCGGAUGAGGACGGUGUUCACGGAAACCCAGAGCAGAGAGCUGGAGCAGCUCUUCCUGCGCGCGCACUACCCGCCCGCGGACGCGCGCGCGCAGCUGGCCGCGUGCACGGGCCUGAGCGAGGAGACCGUGCGGGUUUGGUUCAAGAACCGCCGCGCGCGCAGGAAACGGCAGCGCAGCGGCUCAAAGCGCGCGGCCUCCCGCAGCCCCCCCCGGGGGGAGGGGGGGCCUAAUGGGACCUAA